GAGCCGGGGACCCACAGCCCACCGAGGAAGCUGCAGAGAAGGAAGGUACCAGCUGCAGCGGCAGCGAAGGUCCGUCUGUGGGAACCCGGGUUCGCGAUUUGAUUGUAUCUGAACCUUCCGUGGGCUAUAUCAGAGUCCAGGUCCUGGUCCUGAAGGUGCCUGUGUGCGAGUGGACUGCACAUCAGACACGAUGACCCUGAACGGCGGUGGCGGCAGCGGGGCAGGCGGGAGCCGGGGCGCGGGCAAGGAGCGCGAGCGCCGUCGGGGCAGCACCCCUUGGGGCGCGGCGCCCCCAAUGCACCGCCGCAGCAUGCCGGUGGACGAUCGCGACCUGCAGGCGGCGCUGACUCCGGGCGCCCGGGCUGCAAGCGUGGCUGGCUCCAGCACGGUGACCCAGGGUCCAAGGCUGGACUGGGCAGAGGGCUCCUCCGACUCUCUCAGUUCGGGGGGCAGCAGCUCCGACGAAAGCGUAUACAAAGUGCUGCUUCUGGGGGCCGCUGGCGUGGGCAAGAGCGCCCUGGCGCGCAUCUUCGGUGGUGUAGAGGACGGCCCUGAAGCAGAGGCUGCAGGGCACACAUAUGAUCGCUCCAUCAUGGUGGACGGAGAAGAAGCAUCACUCAUGGUCUAUGACAUUUGGGAGCAGGAUGGAAGCCGAUGGUUGCCUGGUCACUGCAUGGCCAUGGGGGAUGCAUAUGUCAUCGUAUACUCAGUCACUGACAAGGCCAGCUUCGAGAAGGCUUCAGAACUUCGGGUCCAGCUGCGGCGGGCACGGCAGACAGAUGAUGUUCCCAUCAUCCUUGUGGGCAACAAGAGUGAUCUUGUGCGCUCCCGUGAAGUUUCUGUGGAUGAGGGCCGGGCCUGUGCUGUGGUCUUUGACUGCAAGUUCAUCGAGACAUCAGCGGCGUUACAACACAAUGUCCAAGCACUGUUUGAAGGUGUCGUGCGGCAGAUACGCCUGCGCAGGGACAGCAAAGAAGCCAAUGCCCGGCGGCAAGCUGGUACCCAGCGGCGAGAGAGCCUUGGCAAGAAGGCAAAGCGCUUCCUGGGCCGCAUUGUAGCACGCAACAGCCGCAAAAUGGCCUUUCGUGCCAAGUCCAAGUCCUGCCACGACCUCUCAGUUCUCUAAGACCUCUCCCUGUGGUAGGCAGAAGAAUGGAUGGGUUGGUGGGCUGGUCCAGCCAACCACCCUUGGUGCCUCAGGACUGGCUGAGCGUCUGCACCCCUUGGAGCUGCCCACUGGGCCUCCCUUUCCUAAAGGUCAUGGACAGAUAGUGAUGCAAAGUGAGGCAACUCUCAGUGGCCAGUGAGGGCUGGGCCCCCAGGGAUGCAUAUGCAGGCCCAUGUGCAUCCUAGCAGCAGCCAGGGCCUGUGCAUGGGGACUGCUUUUCUCUACACCCAGCUGUGCAUGCACUGGAGCCUGGAGGAAGGCUGUUCAGUGCUCUUGCUAUUUGUUUACAUACAGAUUUUUGUAAUAAAGACUAUUUCUUGACA